AUGUCUCGGGUUCCCUUUGCAAUUAUCUACUUCUCCCAUAGCCGCUUGGUUCACAGGCUCUGGCACUAUUGCUCGGUGGCAUGGGCUGGAUUUCGGCAAUUAGCCUACCUCCCGUUUUAUCUUCCUUCGCGUUUCUCUAAAUAUGAGAAGUCUGAUGAUAUCGAGGCUUCUUCCGCUACUGGCACCACGCACAACACGGAAGAAGCUCCACGAACCCUGACACUCUCCAACGCUGAAGCAGCACAAUGGAACAGAGAACUUUUGCUAGAAUUCAAGGCCGCCUUGGAAAAGAAUCCUGCAGUGGAUCUAAUAUCAAUGUUCCCCGACUCUUAUCAUCAUGAGCAUCGAAAUGCUCAGUAUCCUCAACUGUCUUAUGCAGCGGAAAUCAAUCUCCAUGCACUAAAUGAACUUCACAACGCCCUCAGACGUAAACCGGAAGUCAAUCUGCUAUCUGCAUUCCCACCAAAUUAUACGCACAGGAUCACAAUGGCGACCGGGCCCACAACUUUGUCGUCUGCAGGGAAAUCCAUUCCUCAGAGAAGUGCUCCCGAGUUCCGCAAACGUCUUGAUCUUGCUGUGACUGCUUCAGUUAUCUUUCCGUUGUCGGAGGAGGUGCUCUCCUUGCUUGCACGCUCAGGAGGGUCAGCAUAUAGUGGGCCAGCUGAUGCAGAGGAGUCACUCGUCCUCUCCUUGAAAAACCUUCUUUGGGAUUCAACGAAGCUCUGGGAAAAUCCUGUUAGAGGUGUGGUGGUCAAGUGCAGUGAAGGUCUCGUCGCCAAAGUCAUCACAGGAAACAAAGAUUACACGGAGUACACGAGCUUGAAAUUCCUUGAAGAAUGGGCGCCUGAGAUCCCUGCACCAAGACCACAUGGUUUGGUCGCUUUCGGACCCUUUCGGGUCAUAUUCAUGUCACAUAUUCCGGACAUGACCUUAACCCAAGCAUGGCCCAGCCUUUCCCAUGAGGAAAAGUUGUCAAUUCAACACCAGCUCGAUGACAUCUUCCGCCGACUGAGAACACUUCGGCAGGAUGAUGGUAAGGUACUUGGAGGGGUCUAUGGAGAAGGGGUCAAAGAUCUCCGUGUUGAUGAAUGCGCCCUGUUCAAAGGCAUCACCACGGCGAUCAAGUUCAACGACCUGCAAUUUUCCGCCCGCCACCAUGGCAGUUCCACUUACGUUGAAUUUCUUCAGUCCUUUUUGGAAAAUGACUACUCCAUUUCAAUGAAUGGAUCUGUUUUCACGCACGGUGAUGUUAGGACUGAUAAUAUCAUGGUGAAACAGGAUGCCAACGGCUGCUAUAUCGUUACUGGAAUUAUUGACUGGGAGUAUAGUGGCUUUUAUCCCGAGUACUAUGAAUGCACUGGGCUGACUCGCACUUUGAGCCUGGUGGAUGAAAAUGACUGGUAUCUCUAUUUGCCAGAGAGCAUAUCCCCAUCGCAGUUCCCCGAAAGCAGAUAUCCAAUUCUUCUUGUAAGACGCGUGUAA